UCAUCUUGAUCAAAUAUACAAAAAUCAUGGAAGCUCAGGAAAGACCGAAAACUAUUGAAGGCUAUUAUUUUACUGGAGUAUUGAAGUCUCAGAAACAGAUUUUAUUUGAAAGGCAAAUCACUGGCAUACGAAGUAACAGCAGUGGAAGACGAACGGUAGCGCGAAAAAUAAAACCAGACGACAAAGACGAUAAUCUGGAAAGUGUCACCAUGACGUCAGACAUCACAUCUUUUGGUGACAGAGAAGACACAUUACUUGAUGACGUUUUACAUGCCCCAGUCGAAGAUGAAAAACUAGACAAUCUACCAGUGAAGCUUGAUACAGUAGAUAUACAGAAGAAAUUGUAUAGACGAGAGUGUGAUAAACUGGGGGUUAUACCGAUUGGCGUCUAUAUGAGAAAUCCCGUCCAACCGCAACUCAUAUUAAAACACUACAGUAUGGGACCUGAUGGUGCUAAAGCAUUAGCUAUUCCUCUCAUGCUUGAUUCUAAUAUAGUUUGUUUGGAUUUAGAGGGUAAUGAUAUAAAUGCAACAGGAAUGGUGGCAAUGGCUGAAAUGUUGGCUGAAAGUGUAACCAUUAAAGAAUUGAAUUUAUCUAGAAAUAAUCUGGGUCAUCGAGGUGCACUCUCAGUUAAAUCUCUUUUACGCAAGAAUCGACUGAUUGAUACUUUAUAUUUAUCUGGUAAUGGUUUCACUGAUGUAGAUACUACAACAUUUGCAGAUAUCAUAAAGGAAAGCAAAACAUUAAAGAAGUUAGUAUUGUCUCAUAAUGGCUUCGGUGAUGGUUCUGGAACUUUAUUCGGAAAUGCCAUAAUUGUGAAUGAAAACAUGGAAUAUCUUGAUUUAAGUUGGAAUAAAUUAAGAGGUAGAAGUGCAGCAGAAUUAUGUCUCGGUUUAAAGGAAAAUAUUGGUCUCAAAUAUUUCAACAUUGCUUACAAUGGAUGUGGAAAACAUGGCGCUACUGCCGUUGCCAUGGCAUUAGGUGUAAAUUCAACCUUACGAGAGUUAGAUCUGACUGAUAAUCGUCUGACAGACGUCUAUGUACUUGCUGUAAUACGAGAGUUGUCCAACAAUGAAACAUUAAAAAUACUUCGAAUUGGAGAGAAUCUUAUCACUGGUAAAGGGUGUCUGGAUAUUUUAAGACUUUUCUUAAAGGCAGAAAAUAGUGUUCUAGAAAUAUUAGAUUUAAAAAACACCAACGUGACGAAAGAGUUUUUAGAGGAGAUGAAAAUGCUCCCAUCGAUACGCACACCGUCACCUGUUAUUUUACACGGUUCUUGUCCUAGUGCUAAACAAAUACCAAUGCAUACAUCUUAAUUAUUAGGGUCUGGAUAAGGAGGAUCGAUGGGUCACCAAUCACAAAUAUUUAAAUUAAACUAUUUUAAGAAUUCAGUCAUUUCAUUAGCCAAAAGCUAGAAUGUGUACUAGGAUUUUAAAUCUCAACCAAUGAAAAGGCUUCAUCUUUAAAAUGUUUUAGUUUACGUUUUUCGUGAAAAGGGCCUCGUGGAAUUUUACUGUUUAUUGCCCUGGGCCCUGUUUCACGAAAUUGUAACUAAAGAUAAAAUCCAAAUUUUAGUAGAUACUUCAAUUUUGAUUGGCUAAGCACUACAAUCAUUCUAAUAUUAUCCAAUCAAAUUUCUAAAAUUUGGAUUUUAUCUUAGUUAAAAUUUCGUGAAACAGGCCCCAGAAUUGUGACCUGUGUAUUUCACUGCAAUAAUCAAUCUCCCAACAAUCAAUUGAAAUACCUACCACAACCCAUAUUUUAAUACCUAUAAUAUUAUGGAUAUGUGAUUAGCAUCGAGUCAUUCAAUGUUCAUUUAUCUUUUUAACAAUACUAAAUAUGUACGUUUAUGGUGAUAUACCAUUUGGAGACCGAAAGGGUCAGAUGAAAAUGAGACAUUCAAAUUUUAAUCACAGCUACUGUGUUUAUUUAUACUCCCGGGACAAGAACCUUCUAGAUGUGGUUUAAGAAAUCGUUAGAAUUGUGAGGUUUUAUAAUCCCGCCACCAAAUCCUUCUUCUCAAUUCUGCGCCAAUGUAAUGAAAUGUAAUUUGGUUUUACGUCCCUCUGUUCUGCACCAACUGGGCUAAUCAAGACGGAAAUAGGCCAACCAAUGUACAAUGAGGGAAAAUUUGCCCUGAAAAGGGGUCUUCUACGUGUACACGGGGCCUCGGUUUUUGUCCCAUCACUCACACUGUCCUUGACUUAAACGCGGUCUUACUCACUAAGUCACCGCGGCUCCCUAGUUUUUGUAACAUAACCAAAGAUUCACACUCAAAAUCAAGCGAUCUGCCCAUUAAGUGCUAUUUGUUAUGU